GCCCCAAAUUUGAGCUUCAGAAGUUGCCAAAAAAUUUAAGGAUCAGUAAACAUGAAGUUCCUCUACGUGUUCCUCGUUAUCGCCUUGGCCAUCCAAUUGGCGGCUUCAGCUACCAAUUCAACACAUGCCCACAAGACUAAAGUUAUUGUCACCCGCAGGAAAACCGCAAAUUGAUCUGGACAUUUCUAUACUAUCAAAAUAAACAUAU